AUGGACGAUGGCGCGUGUCUACUCGGAGGCGGCAAGCCGGCAUCAGCCGGCGGCGGCGCAGCGUUGGACGGCCGCGGCAGCGGGGUAGUGGCAGUGCGGCGGGCGGCGGCAUGGGGAGGGGAAGGGCAGCGGCGCGAGGACAGUUCUUCGGCCUCCAAUCCCAUCGCCGCCGGCUUCACCGCGGCGGCCACGUUGUCCGGCCGGCGUGGCGCCCUUCCUCCGCGCGGGCCCGGCGGAUUGGAGGGGCUGGACCUGAACUGCCUGCCCCCCGACCUCGACUACGGGACGGCAUUUGGUCAGCUGCUUCGUUCUUCGUCGGUCGGCGCGGUUGGGGACGCAGAGGCCGCCCUUGUCCCUGGAGGCGUCCGCGGGUCGUGGCUCCGCGGCGACCCGCACCAGGUCGCUCGGCGCUCCUGCUGGCACGGCGGCAAGGCUGUACCGCGCUCUUCGGCCUGCAGGAGCGUCUACCAGAAAGGUUACCACAGCUCCCGGUAG